AUGCACUCCCGAAAGAACGUAGGCUACGCGCGACCAAAUGGGGUCAACAUUGGCCUCGCCACGGAGAUCAGCUCCCCCAUGUCUCGUGACUGUACCGCCUCCCGACGCAUUGUCAGAUCGCUCAAGAAUCCGCUGGCAUGCGUGAUGCAGUUGGUGCCACUAGACAGUGGUGAGAACAGCCGUCCACCUCAUCUGCUUUCACGUUUCAACACGGCUAGCAUCCCAAGUGAGGCUUCCGUGAGUGAGGUGCGCAGUGAGCUCUGUAGCGUUGCCAUUGAGGAGCAGACGGAGGAUUCGACGUCGUCAUUCUUCGACCAUCGCAGGUCAUGGCAUGGUUGCAAAGUAGGCAGCUCCAUGGGCCGCAGUCGUGCGUCACGGGCAGGCCACGGGUCUCGUGCCCGUAUGCGCCGCAGCUUUCCCAGCGGUAGCAGUCGCGAGGUGGAGGAGAGUUUUCUCAGCUACAGUGAUGACCCGUCUUUCUACGCGUGCGACUCCGACGCGUCAUCGAACUCUGCAGAAACGGAGGGCUCAGGCCACAGCAUGUCCUACACAGUCAUCUCCGACAGUGUGCCCAGCUGCAGCCUCACCGGCCUCACUGAGAACAAAUCCGCACCCACUGGGUGGGCGAGCCGUUUCCGCAAGUCCAAUGCUCCGCCUCCGUGUAGGGAGUCCAACAGCUUUGGUAGUAUCUUCGGCAACGGCGGGAUUGACCCGUACAGCGGCGUUAGCGUCAACGCACACCAUCAGCCCCGCAACAACGCCGCCGCGGAUGUGGCAAUGGGGAUAGCGGCAGGGCCUCGCAUAGCGGUUGCUGUCCCGCAGAGGGACCCGGCCGUGGUUGUCCUUUCCCCUUCUUCAUCUAGUACGCGGGCGAACACAAUCCAGCCGUCGCAUACCACGGCGUCCGCAGCAGCGCAGAGCGCGCCAAGUCCUGCAGCGGCGCGGCUCGGUGAUGGAGGAUCGCAAUUCACUGCGAACACCUCUUCUGUGGGUCCGGGUAUGGAUAGCGGCAGGCCUCUGAACAACUCCGUUGACCAGCGGCCACGCGUGCAGAGUGUCAAGCUUCUGGAGCGUGUUGGACGAGGCACCUUUGGCGAUGUCUAUCGCGGCGAAGAUCUGGACAGCGGCAGCAUCAUCGCUGUGAAGGAGAUUGUUGUGCCGCAUGACUUCACCAAGGAUGUGGAGAAGCAGUUGGCUGCGCUUGAGUCGGAGAUUCGCGUCAUGCGUCGACUGCACCAUCCUCACGUCGUGACGUACCUCGGCGCUGUACGAGAGGGUAACUCCCUUCGGAUUUUCAUGGAGUUUGUAGGGGGUGGCACUGUGGGCAGCAAGGUGGAGAGCGUUGGCGGUCUGUGCGAGGAGAAGACGCGCGACUACACAGCCCAGUUGCUAGAGGGACUCGAGUACCUGCACGUCUCGCACAUCCUUCAUCGAGACUUGAAGGGCGAUAACCUCUUCCUCACAGAAGACGACCAGCUCAAGCUGGGCGACUUUGGGCAGAGCAAGGAGUUGGCGGACACCCUCAUUACCCAGUCUGUGCAAGGAACGCCAAGCUUCAUGUCACCCGAGAUGAUUGCCUGCUCUGGAUACUCGUUUGAGGCAGAUGUGUGGUCGGUGGGGUGCUGCGUCAUUCAGAUGCUUACUGGCAAGCCGCCAUUCGCGAACCUUGACAACCAGAUGGCGGUGAUGUUCGCCAUCAUCAGCUCCAAGAUCGAGGAUCAGAUUCCGGCAAGCGCCACCGAAGGCGCGAAGGACUUUAUUCGCAUGUGUACCAAGACCAAUAUCAAAGACCGGUGGACCGCCUCGCAACUGCGUCAGCACCCUUGGAUCCUAGGACAAAGCGCUCCAGUGGCCGCAACAGUAGCCGCACUGACUAAGGGUGCCGGCGAGCUGAAGGGGGCAGCUAGCCGCAAAUCCAUCGCCACGCACCUAUCAUUGGAGGCAAAAGGACCGAGCCAGCUGAACCCGCACCCUGGCAAGCCUUCUCGGUCCAUACUGUUAGACACCGCUACCCUUGGGAAGGUGAAGAACCGUGAUGGCAUCAAGAAGGGCCCAAGCAGCAGCAGCUUCGGUGGGUAUCAGUACUCAUACGAGGACGAGACAGGUGACCAUGAGGCGGGUUGCACCACGAGCAGCAACCUUUCUUCUUCCAAAAGCGAGACGGCAAGUUCCAAGAAUGCCGCGGUCAGGCACAUCAGCGCACCUUUUCCGCAGUCGUCCCCCCAUAGCGAAGGUGCGUCGACUGGCAGCCGUCAUGCGUCACCUCUGACGUUACCGGAGGCCUUGCCAAGUGGAGGGCGCCAACACCGCGGGCGCGGGAGUGCCCGUGGGCCGAUCCUGGCUCAGUCCGAUUCGCUAGUGGUGGUGGGAAAAGAGGGUGGUGGCGGCAGCGGUACGCGGGGGCGGAGGAAGUCGCCACUGGAGCCAGCGCAGCGGCUGCAACGGCCGGUGCAGUGCCACAAGGAGAAGUCGCCGCGUCACCAAGCAUUGAUGGUGGGCAGCGCCGUGGCUGUGGAGUGCCCACCAAAGAGACGAUCGAACUCGAGCCUAGCAUCGCGCACUCUUAAUACACCCAUUCAUGACCGCACCAGCCUUGGUGCCUCCUCUCCCAACAAACAGCGUGGCGAUGUGCGACCGGCAGGCUCAGCGAUCUACCGUGGCUCCGGGGCGGGCAACCAGUCGGUCCGCACCACACAGAAUGACACUUCCUCCUUCAAGAAGCGCCAACCAGCGCCAUCACGGGCUGAAAGAUGA